GAAAUUGUGCAGUGAUUAAGGCGGAAGUGACGUAUGUGACUAGGCCUACACGUGCGAGUGCAUAUGGUGUCUGGCGCUUCACGUUGGAACGGUCGACUUUAGUCCAAGAUGAAACGACCAAAGCUAAAGAAAGCGAGUAAGCGAUUGUCAUGUGCUAAACGGUAUAAAAUACAAAAGAAGGUCCGAGAGCACAACAGAAAGUUAAAAAAAGAGGCCAAGAAGAAAGGAGUGGGCAAACGACCCAAGAAAGAUCCAGGAGUGCCAAGUAGUGCUCCGUUUAAGGAGGAAGUCUUGCGAGAGGCUGAGCAGAGGAGACUCCAGAUUGAAGAGGAAAAAGAGAGACAAAAACAAGCAGCGAAAGCAGAGCGCACUAAGAAGAGGAAAAAGGAAAAGGAGUCUGAAAGCAAAGAAAAAGAACCCAAAGCCAAAAAAGCACGCCAGGAUAAGAAAUAUCCAGAAAGAAAGAAUGCAGAAUUAAGGAAAUCUAAAAAGUUUCAGUGUGCUGAAUUAAACAAGGUCAUCGAUGCAUCUGAUGUUAUAAUAGAAGUGCUGGAUGCGCGCGAUCCACUGGGCUGCAGGUGUCCACAGCUGGAGGAGCUGGUGCUCCAGAAGGAAGGCAACAAGAAACUGCUUUUUGUUUUAAACAAAAUAGACUUGGUGCCAAGAGCAAAUGUGGAGGAGUGGAUUCAGAGGUUAGAGCAGGAGUUUCCGGUUGUGGCCUUCAAAGCGUCAACGCAAGUUCAACGUGAAAAAGCGCAAGGGAAGAAGAGGAAAGGCAGGAUCAAGGCCUCCAAUCAAGUCUUUGGCAAAUCCAAAGGAGCCGCCUGCUUUGGAAGCACUCUUCUGACUGAGCUGCUCACACAUUACGCCGCCGACAGGGACGGCCACACUCGUCUCAGAGUAGGCGUAGUUGGCUUUCCUAAUGUGGGGAAGAGCAGCCUAAUCAAUAAUCUGAAGGGAAGUCCUGCAUGCAUCGUUGGUACGAAGAGAGGCAUCACAAAAUCCAUGCAGGAGGUGCAAAUCUCACAGUAUGUGAAUCUGGUAGAUAGUCCGGGAAUUUUGGCCUGUCCAUCUAACCCGGCAGCCACCAUGGCUUUGAGGAGCCUGCAAGUGGAAGACGGCCAGGAGAGCGUGCAGGAGGCUGUCAGCACUCUGCUCAAACAGUGCAACAAGACUCAGAUCAUACUUCAGUACAAUAUCGCCAACUACAGAAACGCCGCGGAGUUUCUAAACCUGUUGGCCAAAAAGCGUAGCUUCUUGCAAAAGGGUGGAACCCCGAAUACAGCGCAGGCCGCUUCAGUGUUUCUGGAUGAUUGGACUGGAGCCAAGCUUAGCUACUACUGCAAGCCCACAGACAAACACGGCCUCCCUGCCUACGUGACAGAUAGCGUCAUCGCAGAGAUGUGGAGCACCCUGGAUUACAAGCAACUGCAAAUCGGCAACGAGAGCACUCUGAGCAGUGUCAAAUUCCCAACCCCGGCCAGCAGCAUUAACUUUACGUCCAGUGGUCCCACUAAAGGUCAGCUGGUGGUCAGCGACCUCGCUGAAGAAAGAAAUGGUGGUGGAUCCGUAAAGGAUGAGGUCGUGGUGGAGGAGGAAGCGGAGGAGGAGAACAAAGAAGAGCCUGAACAGACGGCAACAAAUGCAGAAGAACCAGAGAACGGGUUACCUGAAGAAAAAACAACCCAUAUCCAGUUCAAGUCGGUGCCCAUCGAAAUCGGCUCCUCCACAGUGGAAACAGACGAUGCCUACGACUUCAACACUUAUUUUAUAUGAACUUUUGCCCGAGUCCAUAAAGUCGGGUGGAGGUGCUGACCUCCAUUUACAAACAUGCAUAACAUCCACUCGCUGCAAAUCUGAAAGCUUUUUAUGAUUGAUACAACUCAGUCCGAAAAAUUGUAUAUAUGUCAACCUAUCAGAUUUGGAUACUCAUUGUCCUGUAUGAUGCAAUCCAUUUUGGUCGUAUCUAUGAACAUUUUGUAUAUAGAUGCCACUGAUCGAAUAAACCAGUUCCUUCCAAUCUGCUGCCCAAU